UUUCUUCCAUUUCAUUGUGAUACAACCACCCCCAGUUUCCUGAGCAAGGAAUAUUUCCUCUCCUCCCUUUCUUCCCCUCUCCACAUCCUGCCAGGUCUCAGGGAGAGGCCAUUUGAAAUGUUCGGCCAUUGAGUAAGAUCUGAGGCCGUGGAGACUUGGAAACCUCUGUUUAAAGAUAUCGGUAUGGUGAGCUGCUCAUCGAUUUCCCACACCCAACUGGGGGAGAUAUGGAGCGGUGCUGGGGUUCUCUGACUGAGCUCUGUCAAAGAAUUGCCCCAUCCUGCUGGCAUCAGGGGAGCGUUCAAGUUGAGGAUAACUUUGAAACGGGACCCCUUUCUGAACCUGAGGCUCAAGGCACAAUGAAAGCACUGAGUCGAGAUGUGCCAAGUCCCUCCCGAAAAACCCACACUCACAUUCAGCACACUCCAUUGGAUUUCAUUGAUACCGGAAAGGGCCUGAAGGUACAGACAGAGAAACCACAUCUUGUGAGUCUAGGGAGCGGGAGGCUUAGUACUGCAAUUACUCUGCUACCACUGGAAGAAGGUAGGACCACCUUGGGCAAUGGAUCCACAGACAUAUCCCUUCAAGGUCCUGGCGUUGUUGCUGAACACUGUUAUAUUGAAAAUAUCCAGGGGAUCCUUACCCUAUAUCCAUGUGGGAAUCCUUGCUCGAUUGAUGGGAUACCCGUUAAAAAGCCUGUCCGCUUGAUGCAAGGGUGCAUGAUCUGCCUGGGUCAGUCCACCUUCCUGAGAUUUAACCACCCGGCCGAAGCUCACUGGAUGAAAACCAUGAUUCCUGCAUCCGGGAGGAGCCCUUCAGCAGGCUCAUAUCCCGCAGAUUCUUCCACGUCUUUGCUGAAUGGGUCUCGUGAUGGCGGGUACCAACGCAGCAUCCCAUCCCAUACCUCGCUCGUAAGCUCUAUUGAGAAAAAUCUACAAGAUAUUAUGGACUCAUUAGUUCUAGAGGGACCAGCAACUCUGGGCAGGAAGCCCUCCCAGCCUUCCUCUAACCAGCUUUCCACUUUAUCUAAUGGAGGGAGCCGUCGUUGCCUGCUUUCACCACCCACUAGUCCUCUUUCCUCCAGCUCUGGCUAUGACAACACAUAUCUUUCUCCAUUGUCAUCACCAGGUAGUAGUCUUACCAGCCCAUCUCCAGGACAAGAUGCAAACACUCCCACAGCUCCCCCAGUGGUGCCACUCCGAACGUCCAGCUUUAGUCACUCCCUACCACGUCCAGUGCCCACUUAUGGUGGAAGCAACCUGGACUUACGUUCUUCACGUAGCACAGGAGGAACAUCAAUGAUUAGUCCCCCGAGUCCUGGGGCAGGAAGUAGAAUGGGUGGUCUCAGUGUGCCCAGCAGUCCACUAAUGGGCAGCAAGUUCCAUCACCAAAUAACAGAUCGCCCUUCCAGCCCUUUCAGACAGAUAGCAGGACCAGCAAGGAGCCUGCCUCCAGAAAGUCCCCGGCUUGGACGCAGAAACCUGGAAAGCAUGAGAGAGCUGCCCCCACCUAGCCCCUCCCUGCCGAGGAGAGGGGCUACAAGCUCUUCCAAACCUGUACCCGACAGUCCUACCAGAGUGCCUGACAGUCCCCGCGCCAUUGGUCGACGUAGGAUUGGUAGUGCCAGCUCUCCUGGCUCAGAGGAUAAUUUGUCUACAAGGCAAAUGAGGGAACGAAGCCCAUCACCAUCUGCUUUCCAGGAGCCACCCCGACGGCUGACUCCGGCCUACAGUCUGGGGUCUCUUGGUACCCCUUCACAAAGCCCACGAACACAGAGAAAGAUGUCUGCACCAAGAGAAAGAAAAAAUAGCAUCAGUGAGAUCAGCGACAACCAAGAAGAACUGUUGGACUAUCACAGGAGACAACGAGAGGAACGUUUAAGAGAGCAGGAGAUGGAGAGAUUGGAGCGCCAGAGGCUGGAGACCAUCUUAAACCUGUGUGCCGAAUACAGCAAGACUGACGAAACGGGGUCCUCUCCUCACUUGGAUGAACUAAGGGCCUUCCCCUCACUUGGGGGCGCAGAGGAGUCGAGUGCAUCUCUCCGCACACGGAGACCGUCAUGGGAGAGCAGUAGGACCCCUGUGCUGGAGAACGCUGGGAACAGAAUGCGAGCGCGAGGAGAGCAGAAUGACGAGGAGAUGCAAAGGGAAGAAAACAGCAGCACGGAGAGUACUCAGCACGAGCAGGAGGAUGGCGGACCAACAGAUAACAUGGACGUGCUGACCCUGGAGGAGCAGCGCAGACAGACGCUGAGCCGUGUAGACCAGCUGAAGAGCAGAGUGACUGAACUAGAGGGACAGCUCCAGGAGAGCGCUAGAGAGGCGGAAAUGGAACAUGCUCUCCUACAGGGAGAACGGGAAGCUGAGCUCUCCCAGCUGCAGCAAGAGCAGAGGAUGGUUCAGCAGCUGCAGGACAGCCUGACCACUCUAGAGAACGACAUCCAGAAAGAGAAGGAAAAGGCACGGGAAAAACUGGAGCAGCAGAGGAUGGAAAUGCAGAGCGUUCAGCUUUCUCACCGCGACCUGCAGAGGCAGCUCCAUAACUGCCCCGAGGCUCUGCGGGAGCAGGUGCAGUGCCAGCUCCAACGGGAAACUGAGCACCUGGAUACCCAGAUGAAACUGUUUGAGGAUCUGGAGUUCCAGCAGCUAGAGAAGGAGAGCCGUUUGGAGGAAGAACGUGAGACCAGGACUCAACAAUUAUUACAGAGCAAGGGAGAGUGUCAGAGGAGCAUAGCCCACAGGAAGGAGCGCUUGGCUGCUUUGGAGCUCCAGGCAAAUCAGAUCCGUAUUCAGGCUGCACAGGAUUCUGAACGUCUCGGGCAGGAAAGGAGUUCAGCACUACUGCAACUACACAAGGAAAAGGAGAAGUUGGUUCAUUUGGAACGACGAUACCAAGCUGUGACUGGGCGCCGGGGAUUCUCCACUGGGUCUGCAGCUCUCAGAGAGGAAUACCUGUGCCUCUCUGACGUUCUGCGCUUGUACAGCUCUUCACCUCUUGUUCCUGCACACCCUUCCCUUUCUUCUGCAAAUCUUACUGCUGACUCUGAGUAUAUCACUUUAGACCAGCUACAUGAUAUCCUGGAGGCCAUGCCUGCUGGCCCGGCCACCUCCAACACCGGUGCAGAUUCUACCUCUUGUGCCGUUUCCCCAGAGGGUCUACUCGCUGUUCAUCUCUCCUCUCCAUCCUCCUCUCCCUCCACCUCUCUGGAGGUGGAUUCUCCACCUUCUGAGUGUCUCCCCGUAGCUCCCGUUCCUGAUUCAGAGACUUGUUACACGGAAACUGUGUCCAUCCCUUCUUCCUCCUCUUCUCCUCCUUCUUCCCCUCCUCCUCUCCCUGCCAAAGUUUACUCGUCCCGUAAAACCCUGCAGAUUUCACGCUCCCGGACAGAAAUUGAAGGUGGAGGCACACUUCCGCGCAUGAAAACAUUGUCUCCUGCUUCUUCUCACUUCUCAGUCGCCACACUUGGAAGAAGUGUAUCCCCAAAGAGUGCACCUCUGUCACAGAACGGCUCCGGCAGCCUUUCUCGUGGGCUUGCAGUUACUCUACAGGACAUUCAGAGCAAGAGACAGCUCGCGUUACAGCAAAAAGCAGAUGAUCUGAACAGAGAGGAGUCUCUUCCAUCUGAUGUCACAGGCCAGCAAGUUAUAGAGGAGCAGCGCCGGCGCCUUGCAGAGUUGAAACAGCGUGCAGCUGUUGAGGCCCACUCUCAGUGGGAGUCACUUCACGCGGUGCCCCAUCAAGCAUACCCACCCAUCAUGCACCACUCUAUUCUACACCACCAGAGAAACCUUCAUUCACGAGAUGAUGAUCCCACGCAUGGCUAUGAUACCCUAAGCCUGGAGAGUUCCGACAGUCUAGACACCAGUGUAUCCACUGGGAAUUCUGCAUGUUCGCCGGAUAACAUGUCAAGUGCGAGUGGUUUGGAUAUGCUGAAGAUCGAGGAGAUGGAGAGAAUGCUCCUUGAAGCUCAUGCUGAGAGAGCGCGACUUGUAGAGUCCAGGGAGCGUGAAGUAGAAGUCCGCCGGAAAGCACUGGAAGAUGAGAGGAGGAGGAGAGAAGAGCUGGAAAGACGUCUGCAAAACGAGACAGCGCAUCGGCAAAGGCUGGUGGAUAAAGAAGUGAAGAUGAGAGAGAAAAAUUUCUCACAGGCUCGUCCUCUGACCCGCUACCUUCCUAUCCGGAAGGAAGAUUUUGACCUUCGUUCUCACAUUGAGUCUUCAGGCCAUGCAGUUGACGCAUGUCCUCACAUCAUCUUGAAUGAGAAGAUGUGCCGUGGCUUUCUGACCAAGAUGGGUGGCAAGAUCAAAUCAUGGAAGAAACGUUGGUUUGUGUUUGAUCGUCUUAAACGCACCCUGUCCUACUAUGUUGAUAAACAUGAGGCAAAGCUGAAAGGUGUUAUCUACUUCCAAGCAAUAGAGGAAGUUUACUAUGACCACCUGAGGAGUGCAGCCAAGAAAGGAAUUUUUAAUCUCAGCCUGGCAUCUCAGAUAUCCGAUUUUCUCUCUGUGCCCCUGUGGAAGGAGAGUCCCAACCCGGCGCUUACGUUCUGCGUCAAGACGCACGACCGGCUGUAUUACAUGGUAGCUCCGUCGCCCGAAGCCAUGAGGAUUUGGAUGGAUGUUAUUGUGACUGGGGCUGAGGGUUACACACAGUUCAUGAAUUAAUGCCCGCUCUACCUGUAUUCCCCAAACCUACAGACCCCUGUUUCUCUUGCUGCUCAGGAACCACGGGGAAACACAUUAUUUUUCAGUGUUAUAAGAAUACAUGUAUCACUUUGCAGCGUGGCAGAUGCCGGACGCAGGUUUAUGGACUCCGCUGCCACUGUUGAAAGCCCUAAUAAUUUAACCUGUAGGCUUUGCGCUGGUAACUAAGCCGUACUGUCUGAUUUUAUAUACUGGCACUGGUAACCUUGUACUAUUAUCCCUUUUACAGGAUUCAGAGUAUUAAAUAUGUUUUGUUUUUAAUGUUUUACGUGCCGUACUAGACAAUUAUUUUCUUUUUGAUGUUUAAUCUAUGGUCUUUGUUUUUUUUUAUGACGUGCUGAUCAUGCAGCAAAUCUAUUACAACUAUAGAACCAGUUAUAAGUACAUAAUAUAUAUAUAUAUAUUGUUUGUUCUUUUAAUUCAGGUAUUUACUGCCUUAUUGUGCCCCUUCCACAUAGUUGCUGUGUAGGUGAGGUGGCCUCUGCUAUAAUGCACCUCCGGCAUGGAGGGACCCUCGUCGGAUUGACCACAAUACCGCCUGUGCCUUUAUAUCUUAUUCUGUUGGAAAUAAAACAUUUAUCUGUUUGUA